ACAGUGCAACCGGAGAUGCUGAAGGGCUGCUUCGAACACACGCCUUCGCACCCGCAGAGACACCAGGAGGCAUGUCAGGAAUCCCACGUUCAUGCUACUUCUUUCUUGCAGUUUGAAAAAGAACUUCAGAGAAUUUCAGAAGCCUAUGAGAGCCUCGUCAAGUCCACUACCAAGCGGGAAUCACUGGACAAGGCGAUGAGGAACAAACUGGAAGGCGAGAUCCGAAGGCUUCAUGAUUUCAACAGAGACCUCCGAGAUCGCCUGGAGACUGCCAACAGGCAGCUGUCUAGCAGGGAAUACGACGGGCACGAAGACAGAGCUGCAGAGGGGCUCUACGCUUCCCAGAACAAAGAAUUCCUGAAGGAGAAGGAGAAGUUGGAAAUGGAGUUAGCGGCAGUGCGGACCGCGAGUGAGGACCACCGGAGACACAUUGAGAUCCUGGACCAGGCUCUGAGCAACGCCCAGGCCAGGGUCAUCAAGCUGGAGGAGGAGUUACGAGAGAAGCAAGCCUACGUGGAGAAGGUGGAGAAGCUCCAGCAGGCCCUGAGCCAGCUGCAGUCUGCGUGUGAGAAGCGAGAACAGAUGGAGCGGAGACUGCGGACCUGGCUGGAGAGAGAGCUGGAUGCGCUGAGGACCCAGCAGAAACACGGAAACGGCCAGCCAGCCGGCAUGCCCGAGUAUAACGCCCCGGCCCUCAUGGAGCUUGUGAGGGAGAAGGAGGAGCGGAUCCUGGCCCUGGAGGCCGACAUGACCAAGUGGGAGCAGAAGUACCUGGAGGAGAGUACCAUCCGACACUUUGCCAUGAACGCGGCGGCCACCGCGGCGGCUGAGAGGGACACCACCAUCAUCAACCACUCGAGGAACGGCAGCUAUGGCGAGAGCUCACUGGAGGCCCACAUCUGGCAGGAGGAGGAGGAGGUGGUGCAGGCCACCAGGAGGUGUCAGGACAUGGAGUACACUAUUAAGAAUCUCCAUGCCAAAAUCAUAGAGAAGGAUGCCAUGAUUAAGGUCCUUCAGCAGCGAUCCCGUAAAGAUGCUGGGAAGACGGACUCCUCAAGCCUGCGUCCUGCCCGCUCCGUCCCGUCCAUUGCUGCGGCCACUGGGACCCACUCCCGCCAGACCUCACUUACCAGCAGCCAGUUAGCCGAGGAGAAGAAGGAGGAGAAGACCUGGAAGGGGAGCAUAGGGUUGCUACUGGGGAAGGAGCACCACGAACUCACUUCCACCACCCCGGCUGCCGCGCUGUCCCCCAGCACCUCCACCGCCUCGGCCGGCAGCGCCCACGCUAAGACGGGCAGCAAGGACAGCAGCACCCAGACCGACAAGAGUGCUGAGCUCUUCUGGCCCAGCAUGGCCUCCCUGCCCAACCGCGGAAGGCUGAGCAUGACCCCUUCCAACAGCCCCAUCCUGAAACACCCGGUGGCCAAAGGGACUGCAGAGAAACCGGAGAACCCUCUGGGCCACGGGAAGUCCCCUGACCACAAGGGCCGCGUCAGCAGCUUGCUCCACAAGCCCGAGUUCCCUGACGGAGAGAUGAUGGAAGUUCUCAUCUAACACUGGCAUCCUUGCUGCAUUCUGUGAGGGGAUCUUGACAAACGAGGAACGUGGCCGAGAGGGAGAAGAAAGCUUGAGAAAGUUGUGGAUUGGAAAUCAGGAACGAUUGAACUGAUUAAGAUCUUAAAUCAGUAAGAACGCUUUUUAUAAACGUUUAAAAAAAAUCAGACCUACGUGACUGAAGAUGAGAAUGCCGUGGAUUCGUAUCAUACAUGGUGGAAGAGAGAAGACGCAUGUAGGUUUGGAAACCAAGGCGUCACAGGAAGUGGGAUUUUCACUGUAUAGAAAAUGUAUCUCCUGGGGAGGGUCUGUGUAUACCUGCUUUCUGGCUAUAAACACAUAAACCUGAACCUGGAUCUUCCUUGAAAUACCCCCCUCUCCUUGCCUCUUAGCAUGUUUGUUUUGGGGGUUUUUCUUUGUUUUGUUUUUUUGUUUUGUUUUUUAAGAAGAACCUCCUAGAAAUCUCGGAGAGCCCAUCUCGGCGUCAUGUCAUGUCAGCUGUGCCAUCGGGGUUGCCUGUGAAUGUGUGUGGCGCUGGCCGUGAGAAGACGUGUCCGCGGGCAGCGGGGUUGUAGAAGGCGGUUCUCACCUAAUUCCCUGCUUGGCUGGGAUUUUCAGGAGAUGAUGGGGCUUCUUAGCUUUUCUGGAUUCAGCAGUAAAAAUACGAAACAGGUUGGGAGCGUUAUGGUCUUGGUGCUCACGCUCCCAAACUGCUCGGAGUUCCAUCUCUUUCUCUGCUUCAUUCUCUUUCAUUUUGCUCUUUUUGUCUGUCCCUUCUUUUCCUUGUUACUACAACGUGGCGGAAUUCCUUAGGUCGGGGAUUUAUUAGAGCGGAAUCUGAUCUCUGUUUCGUAGUGACCAGUGGGAAGGAGCCGUGUGCUGGCUGCCUGGCCGUCUCCUCCCCUUCGAAGUCAUUGGGCUCGUUGUGACGGGGAAGUAGGUAAGUUCUGAUGAGAUGGAAGAUUCCAUGGUCAGGGUGACAUCCUGCGUUCAGCUCGUGGCCCUGGCUGUUCCGUCUCACAUCCAUCACAUUCUCUGACGCAGAGAGCUUGUAGUUCCACCCCUGCCCUCCAGGAAAUGAAUGACACUUGACUUGGUGGCAUCCAGAGAUUGACCAGACAGCUUGUACCACUUUCUAGAAUCUGUGGCUCAUAAGCAUCUUCACCAUUCUCCCCACCCCCUGGCACUCCUCUGGUCGCUGUGGACGAGCGCGUAGAUUUCCACAUUAGCACAUCAGGGUUUCUUUGUCGUGGGCUUGCUUUGUGACCUAACCGGCCAGUGUAUACACAGUCACGUGUUUCGAGGUUUCAGUGUGGGACAAGUUGACCCAAGUUAGCACCAGGUUGAAGAGCCAGAAGCGAGUGGGGUCGUGGGCCUCUAGCUCCUUGGGCACUGGCUUUCUUUACGAAUCUGAGAGGCACUGGAUCAGCGAAGAGGAGAAGCCAACCAGGCUGGUAGAUGUCUUGGGGCUCCUGAUAUUUUCCUCCCUCCAGGUCAACUGGCUCCUCCUGAUCCCAGGGCCCUUUCCUCGUGUUCCUUAGGGGAAGGAAGAAAAAGGGCCUGGCUCUGAGACGUUCUCAAGUCCCACCUACAUGGAGCCCUGAACACAACACCCCUCUGGGAAUUUUGCCUGGGUGGCUUAUUUCAGAGUUGUUUUUUGGGGUGUGAGAUGGAUGGAGUCGUAGCCUCCCCAGAUGGAAAUGGUGGAGGAAAGGCUGUGGUGUAAACUGGAGAGGGAGGGAGGACGUCAGUGGCCUUGGCCGGAGCGGGCAUAGCAGCAGGAACGGCUUCUUCCCAAGCCCUGCUCUGCGGUGGGCACGGAGCUCUGUGCUGUGUGCCCUUUGUCUCCGCUGGUGCCGUCAGGCCCGGGAAGCCAGAGCGGUUCUGGGGGACGGGCAGCCUGCCUCGUGCUGGGGCUGUGUGAGUGUGGAUGCUGGUGGGGACGGGGUAGGGGAAGCCCUGUCCCAGUCUGUUCCCCAUCACUUUUUACAGGUGGUGAGGUUUAGGUGAUGACAACUCUUUCUAUUAAGGAUGUUUUGACCCCUUAAUUAAUGUGGGAAUGGACCAGGAAUGAAUGCAAGUGUCUGCAGACAGGAGGGCAUGUCUCCUCUGCCAGUCCCUGUGACCCACACCUGGGCCACCGCACACUUGGGCUGUCUCCCCUAGAAAUGGGUAAAAGUGGGAGCCACAGCCCAGUGUCCCUCAAGUCUCGUCUCUCUGCUCCAGCACAGCCUUUGGCACCAGGCUCUGUCAGAAUGAGAACACAGACAUUAGCGUUUUUCAGCUGUGCUGUGGUCUUCGGCAGUCCUUUUUUCUUCUAACUUGCUAAGACUCUAGCAUAAGAAAAGGGAUCUCUAGCUUUCAGAUAUGUUCUUUUCUGGGAGACUUCCUGCCAUGCCAGCACCCCCAUCUCCCACCCUGACGCUUUUCAUGUCCCCAGCUUUCUCGAAGCCUUGUUUGCCCGUAGGAGCAAGGGAUCGCGAAUACUGAGCAUCUCUUCUGCGUUCUGGGCCGUGUACAAUCCUCUAUCUCAUUUGAUUUGCAGAAAAAGAAAUACCAGCUCUGUGUUUUGGUGCUGGCUGUAGGCAAGCAGGGGGGUGAGCACCUCUUGAGUCCUUGAGCCGCCUGGAGAGCAAGGGCUCCUUAACCUCACUUCACAGAGGAGGAAACUGGGGCUCAGGGAGGUUCAGUCCCUUCCCAAAGCCUCCCAGCAGUGGCAGCUGAACCAAGGGCCUGAGAAGAGGGGAGCUGUGCCCCCGUCACAGGCUGGACGGCCACCAGCUUGGGUCACAGCCAUCUUUCACGCCAUGUCUUGGCCGACUUUGGCCCCAUCUGUGCACACGCGCACAUGUACGUGUAGGUGCACGCUCACAGCUGUCACACCUCUCAGAAACUAAGGAAGAGGACUAGAGCCCAGAACUCCUAGAACCGCCCAUAAACAUGCGGCACAGAUGGAAGUCUCCACGUUCCAUCAUACGCAGAGCCACAAAAUCCAUCUUAAAAUCCCUUGUGCGUUGUCCAGGGGCCUGGACGUCAGGACUCCGUGGUGUCCGAGUAUGGACUCGCGAGUUCCAUCUUGGGAUGAAGGGUAAAGGCUUUGGCUUCGUGUGAAGACCUGCCAGGGUAAUUCGGCUUCCUCCCCCGAAUGGGUGCCUGACAGUUUCUGCACGCCAACCAGGGCAUCAUAUGGGAUAGAUGCUGCUGGCUUCCAGCACCUCAGUCCAGAGCAUGUGCAGAAUCUCUUCUUAGCAGUGUCUUCUCUUGGCUUCUCUGCUCCUGCCAGGGGCGGGUUGCCAGUGCCCGUGUGGAAUCUGGCCCCUUCCAGGCAGGCCUGCAGGACAGGGCUGCCGCGUCCCUCCUGGGAUUUUGGCUGGAGCACACAGAGCGGUGGGGCCCUUCUCUCUCCCCCGUCCCGUGGGGCUAGCUCUUGGGAGCACGUCGUGGAUUUGACUGCACAGGGCUGGGGUCCGAUAGCAAGAUAGUGGCUCCUUAGGAGUUCUGAUCUUGGAACAGAGACCUCAGGGGCUGUCGCUCAGGGGAGAGGCUGUCGGAAUGGCCACUGCAUAGGAGCUGGUCAUCACUCCCGUUCUCCCCCCGGGGUUGCCCUCAGCCCCCUGUGUCCUGAUGCCGUGUGCUGAUGGGAAGACACACCGGCUCCCCGGCAGCCUUGUGCAUCGUAGAGACCGCUGCGAGUGCAGAGGUCAGGGGAGGCUGCGUUCCCAGGAGGCAGUGAGGGCUAGAUCGAGGUUUCGAGGCAGGGAGCUCAUGCGUGACUGCACGGAGCACCUCCGGUUUUCCAAAACCGAAGUCCCGCUCCGGUGUGCGCUGGGGUCGGGGGAGUGUGCUGUGUGCUGCGAACAAACUUGCCGUCCAGAGCAAAGGGGUGCCGGGGCUGUGGUGAGCGGGAGCCCGCCGAUACUCCUAACGGGUAGAGCCAUCACGUAGCCAGAGGGUGUGCAGCCCACGUUGGCGUCUUCCCACCCCCAAGCCUGAGGCAGCUAUGGUAGACACUGUAUAAACGUGGCUUGUCUUCUCUUCUUUCUUGCUAAUGAAUCGAUGUGUUUAAAGUGUCUUCCUCCAAUGUGAGGACUGUCGAAUCAGCUUGCCUCUGAUGUGUAGCUCCCCGGGAGAUGGGAGAAGUAAUUAAGAAGCUUCCAGAAGCUGACCAACUGGGAGCAUGUACAGGUCAGCAUUUCAGUAAAUGGAUUUCUUCUGGAACUAAUGAGCAGAUUUUUCUCUCUUCAAGUAGUAUAUCCUUUUCUUGUUCAGUAAUUUAAUGAUAUAUGAAGACAUGUGUUUAUGUCAGUGCACACAUAUGAGGUGUGACUACAAGGUUGUGUGUCGGGUUUUCUUGCUUAAUAUCCGGAAGAUCCAAGUAUUUCAUCUCACCCCUUCCUUAAACGGUGACCCUUCGGGGAGACUCUGUGCUGACUGCUGUCCCGCUGCCCCAGUAGAAGCAGUUUACGAACACCUCUGCUAGAAUGACCUCUGGGGCCCGGCACGUUCCUUUGAUUAUCCUUACAGAUGGGAAAUCUUCAUCCUUUGAGGAUGGAUUUAAGUUUGGAAAUCAUCCCAGUUGAAUAAAUAAAGAUGGGUGAUGAAGGUCAUAUUACCUUUUUGAAAAAAUAAAAUCCCGAAAUGUUCCUUGGAAUGAGUCUUUGGAUUCCUCGAGCCUCUCAAAGUGAGGGCUUCCAAGGAGGACAAUUGUCAUCGUACAUGUAACUUCUGGUAGGUUCGCUUUUACAAAUCCCAGCCCUUGCCAUGCCUUGUAUGUGCUCGCCUCUCUGCAAACGCACAGAUGGAGGGGCGGAUCCCUUAGUGUAGACGUCCCGUAGGUGCCCCGUAAAGCCUUGCGAUACUUUAGUGCAUGUUCUUGUCGUGUAAUGCGAUGACUAAGGUGUUUCUUUGUCAUGAAACUCUGCUUCUUCACAGAAUUAAAAUACUCUUCUCAAUAUAAUGAGGUACAUACACCGCAUUUUCUCGUAUCCGCUCUCAAAGCGUCGAUGCCCUGGUGUGUUUACCUGUGAUUUUGCCUCGGGUUCUGGUCACAUGGACACCUGCAAGUAUUUAUUACACAACAGAACGUAAGCAAGUUUGUCCACAGUGGUUUUCUUGGAAUGAAGGUGUGUUCCCCUCCUGUGGAGGGACCGUGGAACCGCGUCCUCCUCCACGGGGCACUUACAGAAUCUGUGCGCAAGUCUGUGAACCAAGGGCAGACGCAUGUCGCGACCUCAGCCAGCGCUCAGACAGCCCUCGGGCCCCCACUCUCUCCGCCUGCCACGUAUCGUCACCGUGCUUGGUGGCAGCGUGCUCUGCUCCCUCCAGUGGAUUCUGGUGUGACCUUUUGGUGUCUUCAUCCUGCUGGUCUGUAUCGAAGGGGUGUCUGCAGAGCUGCACAGCCAGGGGGGGUCUUGUACCGAUUGGGGGGAGUCCGAGGACGCAGUGUGUCCCCCACAGCCAAUGGUGAUCCUGUUGGUCAGCCAAAGAUUUUCCUAUUCUUUGCUGCUUAAACUUGUGCCUUAAUAUUGUAUAUAAUAAAGGAAUAAAAUGGC